AUGGCUCUGAAUGUAAGACUUAUUCAGUACUCAGCAUUGUAUCUUCAAAGCCUACGACCUCACGAGGAUGAGUGCACACCUGACAGUGAAGUCUGCUCUCGGAUUAGAUGUCUACGUUUGCUACGCAAACCAUGCAGUGUCCAUGGAGUUCAAACAACAGCGCCAUCUUCACCUUGCUCACAAUAUUGGAAAGAAGGAAAGCGCAGACGAUGGAGAAAACGCGGAAAGAGGGGUGGGAAACGCAUCAAUUGUCUCCAACCAAUUCCUGUGCUAGUCUCCAACCCAGAUUUAUCCGGCAGACAUGAAGUGCGAGAUUUAUCUCGUUCAUCCUGUCAUUCCAAUCUCGUCUACUUAACUCCGGUGCAGGAGGGGCCUGGAUUUGUUCCUUCAACACCUCAAAAUGGUGCAACCUGUCUUAAAGCUGGCCAAUGGAAUUGUCGAUCCAUGAACAAUAAAUCUACAGAGAUUUGUGACUUGAUCAUUAGUAACAACUUGGAUCUUCUGUUCCUGACCGAAUCAUGGCUGUGUGGUGAUUCCCACGACAACGUCACAAUUGCGGACAUUACCUCAACUCUGCCAGACUUUCGUGUAAUACAUGAACCUCGCAAAUCUAGGGGUGGAGGCAUAUGCAUCAUACAUGUACAUCGCUCCUCCUUGGAACUUACCAGGAAUUCCUCCACGAUUUUCUCUUCUUUUGAGCACAUGGAUGUCCUGGUCCGAAUCUCGACUUCUGUCGUUUUCAGAUCUUGUGUCAUAUACAGACCACCCCCAUCAUCGAGGAACAAACUGUCGUAUCACAAUUUUGUGACAGAAUUUUCAUCACUACUAGAAUCACUUGUGAUUGAUCAACAUCAACUGAUGAUUGCAGGGGAUUUUAACAUCCACGUCGAUGACGAAUCUGACAGAGAUGCUAAGAUAUUCCUAGAUAUCUUAGAUGCAAGUAAUCUGCAACAGCACGUUAGGUUAGCUACACACCAAGCUGGGCACAUUUUAGAUCUGCUCAUUUCAAGGAAGUUCGGUCAUCCAAUAUUGAACACGCACAUCAUUUCUGGACUUCCUUCUGACCAUUCAGCUGUGCUUACCACUCUGAACUUUGUACGUCCUGUGUCAUCAAAGAAGCUGAUCACUUGUAGGAAACUUUGUGAUAUUGACAUUUUCAAGUUCAGGAAUGACCUUAAACAUGCAUUGCUUGAACUCCCUCCAACCAACGAUGCUUCUGAUAUGGCUGUUCAGUAUAACACUGUCUUGAAACAACUCCUUGACAAGCAUGCACCAAAGCAAUCUAAACUCGUCUCUCUCAGGCCAAAAGCUCCCUGGUAUACGGAUAAAGUUCGCGAGGCGAAAAGAGCCAAACGCCGUGCUGAACGUAUAUUGAAGAAGUCUGGCCUUGAAAUCAAUAGACAAAUAUACAAGGAGACGUGUAAAUCCUACAACGCUAUCAUACAUCAAUCAAAAUCUCAGUACCUGACUGAUGAGAUAGCGCAGUGUGACACUAAGCAGCUUUUCCAGUUCACGCAGAGGCUUUCUUGUCCAACGGCACAAGUUCUUCCUGAUAAUGAAUCAGAUACAGGUCUUGCAAACGACUUUGGACUCUUCUUUUACAGCAAGAUCCAGAAUAUUAUCUCGAGUCUUAACCCUAAAAAGACUGGGGGGGGGGGCUGA